AUGCUGAGCCUGGCGCCGCCGUUUCCAUUCGCGCACCGUGGACGGGUGUUUGGCGGGGCAGUCGGUUGCGAAGAGUUCCAAGAGCAGAUGCCCGUCUUUGAAGGAAGAUGCUCAUGGCUCCGCCAAAACGCCGGGAAAAUCCGCUUGGAAGCUUUACCCAAUCAAGCGGGGCCAAUUCAACCCGCCUGCAACCAAACUGCCGAAGCACCUCAUGCUCUCUCCAAACACCCCAACGCCCAUCCCGUCGCCUGUCGCCCGAGCUCCUUCAAACCCCCCAUCCAGCACUCGCCACCCAACGAUACUCCCCACGAUACUACACCCCAACAUGUCCGGAGCUUCGAGAAUUCUCUUUGCGAGCACGACCCGAGCCCUGGGCGCGCGCACCUUCAGCACGUCGGCGAGGCGGAUGGCCGAUGCGGCGCCUCUUCCGGCAAAGCGGCCGAUGGGGGCUUUCCGCGGAGGGUGAGUUCCCCUUCUACCCCUACGACUGGAGAAACGCAUCUGGACGUUGCUGGACUAGGCAGGAUGGGGGGAUGUGUGCGGCUGGCUCUUGCAACGGACACUGACUGGCGCAGUCUGUUUGGCUUCCUGUUCGGAUGUGUCCUUUCCGGCAGCGCCGUUUAUACCUAUCUCGUUCAGGAGUUCAAGCUUUCCAAUGACAUGCUUAGCGAGGAUAUUUACGUUCGUCCCACGCCCCCCUGA